AUGUUUGGACUUCUUGGACUCUCAAGACUUUCCUUAUCUGAUGCACCAAAUAUUGAAGGAUGCACAAUCUAUAACCCAAUAGUGUUCAAAUGGCUUAGUCCAGAAAACAAGUUUGAUGGCAAAACCUCACAAUGCUUCCAAACAACAUCAUCAACACUCAUUCUUGGUGAAAAUAUUAAAGUCCAAGGUUACUUUUAUAACUCUAACACUAAGGCAUACACCGAGAUUACUGAAGAAUCUAAGUCAAUUGGUGUUUCCAUCCAAUGCACUAAUUUUCAUUUGGAUGAUAUUUGCGUUUCUUCAAAUUAUACUGCUUUCUUCAAGGUUACAAAUGAGAAUGAUAACGCUCAGCCUGUCUACUUCUACCCCAUUAAGACAUCCUUUGAAGGUGAUAACGAAACAACAACCCACUAUUACACAACAAUCAAGAAGUUCAAGCUCCCACUUGCCAUCUCCUCAGAAUACACCCUUAAUGCUGAUGGAGUACUAACAAAGUCAGAUGUUCGCGAUCUUACCAUCAUGAUUCCAAAGGAUAAAGAAUACACAGUUGAAUGGUCAGGAAACAACGGAAAGAUUAAGUUCCCAUUCCUUGGUGAUAUCUCUAUCAAAGAAUAUGAUACAGAAGAAGGUUCUGAGAAAUAUAGCAACGGCCCACAUCGUGUUUUAGUUACAGGCGAAAAAAAGAAGGGUGAAACCGUUAAGUACAAAGCCAGCCUUAAGUUCACAUCUGGCGCUCCAGACAACUUCCCAUUAUUCGUUGGUUAUGUUCCAAACGAAAACAAGAUCUUAACACAGUACAACAUCAAGCUUGUUGGUGGCCUUCCAGUUUGGGCUUGGGUUCUUAUUGCCAUCGGCAUCGUUCUUGUCAUUGUCAUCAUCAUCAUCGCAAUUUGCUGCUGCUGCAAGAAGUGCUGCUGCUCAGACAAGGUAUAA